AUGUCUGCAGCCGAAACGUUGAGAAUGUGUCAGAAGGCGUACGGUGAUGGCGCUUUGUCACAAGCAAGAGUUUUUGCAUGGCACAGAAUGUUUAAAGAGGGCCGAGAGAGCAUUCAAGACGAGCCACGUGCCGGACGGCCAUCCACAUCAACUGAUGUGAUUCACGUCCAAAAAAUCCGAGAUUUGGUGCUCGAAAAUCGUCGAUUGACUGUCCGAGACCUUACUGAUCUUGUUGGCAUAUCGGAAGGAUCAGUCAAAACCAUUUUGAGCGACCAUUUGGGCCUCCGAAAAGUGAAAGCGCGAUUGGUGCCAAAAUCGCUCAAUUUUUUGGAAAAACAACGACGCGUUGAUGUGUCUGAAACGAUGCUUUCCGACUAUCAAAACCGAAUGAAAAACAUCAUAACUGGAGAUGAGAGUUGGAUUUACGCAUACGAUCCGGAAACUGCCGACCAAUCAGCCGAAUACCGUGUCAAAGGUGAGCCGAAACCAAAAAAAUCGCGCCAAAACAAGUCGAAAAUCAAGCCGAUACCGAUUGCCCGUAAUGGAAUCACUAGGUUUCAGCAGCUCAUAGUAAACAACACCCUUUUUUCCCACCAGAUACAAAGCAUGAUCUUCGAACCAUGA